AUGAGGCAGUGUUACUUUUCUCUAAUCUGGCUAGCAAAUUUCAGCUUAUUCUUGAAAUGUUGUAAUAAGCUCUCUUUCCAAUUACUCUCACUUGUCAUUGCUUCCUCCAGGUUAGCCCUAGGAAUAAUAUUCAUAUCACAGAUUAUGAUUGGAAUUCUGGGCAAUUUCUCCCUUCUUUACCAUUACCUAUUUCUUUACCACACUCAAUGCAGGAUGAGAACCACAGUUAUGAUUCUAAAACACCUGACUAUAACCAACUCCUUGAUCAUUCUCUCGAAAGGAGCCCCUCAGACAAUUACAGCUUUGGGUUGGAAACAUGUGUUCAGUGAUUUUUCCUGCAAACUUCUUUUGUAUGUUGACAGAGUGGGCAGGAGUAUGUCCAUCGGCACCACCUGCCUCUUGGUUAUCUUCCAGACCAUCACGAUCAGCCCCAUGAACUCCUGUUGGAAGAAUCUUAAAGUCAAAGCCGCAAAGUACAUUGCCUUCUUCAUUUUCUUCUGCUCGAUCCAGUGCCUGUUUGUAAAUCUCAUUUUUCCUCUGUACGCAUUAUAUGUUUCUGACAAAUGGCACAGCACAAACAUGAGAAAUACAAGAGAUUUAGGGUACUGUGUUGCCACAGAUGUUGAGAACAUCUCAGGCUCAAUAUAUGUAGCUUUGAUAGUGUUCCCUGAAGUUUCAUUUUCUGUGCUCAUCUUCUGGGCCAGUGGCUCCAUGAUUCUCACCCUGUACAGACACAGUCAGCGAGUCCAGUAUAUUCACAAGGCUAGUGUGUCUCCCAGACCCUCCGCUGAGUCCAGAGCCACCCAAAGCAUCCUACUCUUGGCGAGCACCUUCAUGUGUUUCCACACCUUGUCCUGCAUCUUUAAUGUUACUCUUGCUAUUUUUCAUAAUCCUAGUUGGUGGUUGGUGAAUACAGCCAGCCUGAUUUCCAUGUGUUUUCCCUUUAUCAGUCUCUUUCUGCUCAUGAGCUGUGACUCCACUGUAUCCAUUCUCUGCAUUCAUUGAUGAGGA